AUGGAUUUAUCGAUUCGCAAGCAGCCACAGCAACCAUCACCAACUCCAGUAUCACGACCUAUUUUAAAUCCAGCUGCGCCCACUACUAUGCUACAAGGUUCUGCUGGUGGAAAUUCUCCUCUUUUACCACCACCAACAACAGCGACUGUUCCUACGCAUAAUUCAAUUCAUCAUCAACAAAUCAAACAGCAACCUCAUUCAUACGUUCCUGUUCCACCUGUUAUUCAACACCAACAUCAACAACGCGGGAUGCAUCCAUCAAAAUAUGCUCAAUUACUUAAUGUUAUUGAAGAAAUGGGUAAAGAUAUUAAACCAACAUACGCAGGCAAUAAAAAUUCAGCUGAACGUUUAAGACGUGCAAUUGCUUCAGCUCGUGUACUUGUUCGUGAAUGUCAACUUGAAUGUGAUCGAAAUAGUCGACCUUAG